AGAUGCCACUCCAUAAGGACACUAACAAGAUGAAGGUAGUCCAUCCAGUAGUAAGUAGGAUUAUGUCUGAGCAGCAGAUAAACAAUUCAUUCCAGAAACAAACAGUGCUUUUUUAACUUUGUCAGUCACGUCAUUUCUUCUGCCCCUUCCUAAUUCUUCAGUUCAUUACUACACAGUGGCUUAACUGAUCUCUGUAACCUACAGUGGUUUGCUCUUCUGUAAAAUAUAUAAUAAAUCUGAAGUCUAAUAAUAUUUGAAAAGUGUUUUUGGAAUUGAUAACAGCAAGAUUAAACUAUCACUAUUAAAGGAUUUCCAAAAGAAAAAAAAUGUGCAUGACCAUGCUUUUUAAAAUUGGACUACUUUUUGUCAUCUUUUUCUUUACUCAUCUUUAUGGAAGCAGAGAUACUGAGAAGAUUCAUGAUAAUGGAAAAAUGGUCAGCAACAACAUUCACCUUGAAGAAUCUCAGUUAAAAGAUGCAACAGAUAUUCUGAAGUCCAUUAAACAGCCAUCAGCCAUAAAGAAAAUAUUUGAACAGGGAAAACACAGAACGAAAAGAUCCACUUUUUUGUCAACAGGAGUAAAGAUCUGUCCACAAGAAUCAGUGAAACAAAUCAUAGCUGGCCAUCAAGCCUAUUACAAACUACGAGUUUGCCAGGAAGCCAUUUGGGAAGCAUUCCGGGUUUUUCUGGACAGAAUCCCUGAAAAUGCAGAAUACCAGAUUUGGGUCACUACAUGCCAAAAGGAAUUUCUCACCAUUUCCGAUAUUGCAAAAAACUUCAGCAUGUCUCAAGAGCAUCUUGAUAUGGUUAAAAGGAGAGUGCAGAUGAGGGAUGAGAAACUACACGAAUGGGGUGUCAUGAUUGCUGGAAAGCCUGUAAUUCUGCCAGUAACUGAAAAAGUCCCAGAUUCUGCAACAGGGUCACAUCCAAAUGGCAUGUUGCCUAAUGAAGUAGAAGGUGACCAAAAAGAACCAGAAAAGGAAUUGGAUCAUACAAAUGAAUUGCCAGAGCAAUUAAUAGAGCACGUUGUAGAGUUCAGCAUUACACUCACCAACCAAGGCUACAUUGAGCAGCUGAGCAAUCCUGAUAUUCCAAGAUACAAAGAACUGGCCGGAAGAUUUCACAAUCAGAUGUUGCACCUUUUUGACGAUCUUCCUGGAUUUAGAGAACUUCGAGUAUUAGGAUUUAGGUCUGGCAGCGUUUCUGUACGUUAUGCUGUGGUGUUUGAGGACAAAUUACAGAAUUCCAAUAAAAUAGAUGAUGCAGACUUGGAUAUUGGUAAUAAACUUGAACGUGAUGAAGAUGCUUUUGACCCUGAUGUGAAGCAGCAGGGAAAGCCAGGAAGUUCCUCGUAUAUGGCUAACCUGGAAGAGAUGGUGGUCAAGGUCUUGAGUAAUAAUAAGAAGCUGGUGCCUAUGGAUCUUAACACACUUAGAUUUCAGAAAGAUGACACAAAUCAGCAGAGAGCAACUUUGGCACCCAUGACUUCUGAGGCCACUGCAAGUGAUCCCAGUCUUGGAAAUGCACUAGCUGAUUCUUCGGAAAUUCCUUCUGUUGACAGCCAGCUGCCCGAAGUAGACUAUUUUCCUAACCUUUCAGGUCAAGAGAUUACUUAUGAAGAAAGUGAACUGAAUUCUACGUUGAAGUCCACAGUAAAAGUCACAGAGAGCACGACAACAGACAUUUUAUUAGCAGAGCCUUUUCAGAGUGCCAUGCCAUCAGCAUCAAGCAAAGUACCAGAAUGGGCAGAUAUAAAAGAGUCUAAAGAAGAGCAGCCAACUAGCGCGUUUCCCGAAUCUGUAAAAUACAUACUGCCAUCACAUAACUCAGAUGGCAGCGAUACUUCCAAGGAAUCAGUGUCUAAACGUAACACAGAAAUAGAUACUGCAACAUACAGUCUAGGCCCUCCUCAGAAAAGCAUAACAGAUCAGUUAGAGGUAUUUGAUGAGACAAAAGAUUUAUCAUCCUGGCUGUCUGUCACUGCUCUUCCUGCUGUUACCCAGGAGCCACCUACCAAAUUGGUGGAUUUUUUCCCACAAGGAAGUGAUACCAGCAGCUCUAACAUUAAUGAGGAAAAUGGUGCAGCCAAUAUAGACUUUCAGGGUGAAGAAGUCAUAAAAGUGGUAUCCGAAACUAGUUAUGUUACUUCAGAACGACACACUCUUUCUAAAGAAACUGAUGCCAUCAUUACAGACGAUUUGGAAUCAUCUGGAUUUACUGAAGACCCUGGAUUGUUGCAGACUGAAGACAGCAGGGAAAAUGUACUUUCAUUUACUGAUGUUUCUAUAAUGCCAACAACUCACAGCCUACAAACAGACCUACUUCAUAAGCAAGACUUAGGUGCUAAUUCUGUUUCUCAUACCGAAACCAUUCACAUCACAUCUCCUAUUUUUGUGCCUUCAUCAUCAGCUAUUGGACAUACUGUAAUAAAUAUGGAGCCAACUGACUUAUGGAUAGAUGAAGGCAAUGUUAUAACAAUAACUCCAAUUAGCAAUGAAUUAUUGUCUAGUGAACUUGCCACUCAGUCUCCUGCAUUACAAACAGAUUCUCUGGUUUCACCCGAAUACAAUCUGACUUUGAAAAUUCCAGAUGCCAUUGAAGAAACUACUGAGCCUUUUUUCCAUGAUGUGACCACAAUUAUGAAAAAUGUCCUUCCUGAUGAUGGUUCUGUUGUGUUUACACCUUCCUCUACAGAAUAUCCAAAGCCAGUAACUUACGUUGAACCAACUGUAUUUAAUAUGAAUCAUGAGUUAGAAAUUGCAACAGACGCAAAGCUUAUUACUGAUGCAUUUGAGGAUGUUGAUUUUGAGAGAACAGAAAGAAUCUAUGAUCUAGACAGUAGCACUGGAUUCUCAUCUUUCACUCAGGACCGUCCUUUUGAAACCACUCCUUCUACACUAAAGUAUCUGACAACUCCUUCUAUGACCACAACAAAUAAGGGUAAGGAGCUGGUAGUGUUCUUCAGCCUGAGGGUAACAAAUAUGAUGUUUUCAGAAGAUCUCUUCAACAAGAGCUCCCCUGAAUACAAAUCCUUGGAAAACACAUUCCUUCAAGUGCUUCUGCCAUAUCUGCAGUCAAAUCUAACAGGAUUUAAACAGCUGGAAAUUAUAAACUUCAGGAAUGGAAGUGUAAUAGUUAAUAGCAAAAUGAAAUUUGCCAAGUCUGUGCCAUAUAACAUCACACAUGCUGUACAUUGUGUUUUGGAAGAUUUCUGCAGUACAGAAGCCAAGCAUCAUCACAUUGAAAUUGAUAGCCAGUCACUGGACAUAGAGCCAGGCGAUCAAGCAGAUCCAUGCAAGUUUUUGGCAUGCAAUGAGUUUUCAGGAUGCGUUGUGAACCGCCGUACAAUGGAAGCAGAAUGCGUGUGCGAUCCUGGCUACAUCAGCAUUGAUGGACUGCCAUGUCAAAGCAUUUGCAAUCUGCAGACAAACUACUGUCAUAAUGGCGGGCAGUGUGAAAUCGUUCCAGGUCAAGGAGCAGUUUGCAGAUGUCCUCUAGGUAAACAUUGGCUGUAUCAUGGUGACCACUGCGCCGAAUUUUCCUCAAAGCCAAUAAAGCCUUCUGUUUAUGUAGCUACAGUUAUCGGUUGCCUCAUGCUAGUGUCUGCGGUGCUAGGUGUCUUGGUUUUGAUAAACAAGAAAUUUAUUCAGACAAGAAAGCGAGUGAACCUGGUACCCUCUAAGAGCUCUUAUACACUUGAGAGCACUGUGCAGCGAAAUCCAGUUUUUGAAAAUGAGGACGCUGCUCCCUCCACGCAUGCUGCCAGCAUGCAUUGCCCUCCACGUGUUGAGGCUGAUGAGCAAGAAACAUUAGACACAAUCGAACCCAUGCCCCUCAGUGUAGAGAUACCCAGCCAUCAAUAUGCAACCUGGCCCGGCAAGUUAGAUUCAGAAAAGAUGGAUUUGCUGUACUGCCCUUUACAUAGCAAGGAUAAUCAUCUGUCAAAGUUUGGGAGAUGCAGAACAUCCAGUUGGCCACAAAAAAGUGACACAGAUCAUGAGUUAUAUGAACUGACUAUACUGUGAGGACAUUUUCCAUGAAGGGGAAAGAGUGGCGCAGAUUGUAAAUAUUGUCCCUUGUCUUUCACAAUUGUCAAUUUGUAUUUAUUUUUCUUUGUAGUUUUAUCCUUUAAAAUGGAAACUUAAUGAGGUUAAAGCUAUGACCUGGAGGAGAACUGUUUUGCAACGUGUAUGGUAAAGAGAAAGUUAUUGUUAAACAUAUUAGGUUUGUUUUAAUGAUUAAUCAAAUUUGGAAUUCCACGUAAUAUACUCGUACCUGAAAAUGAGCACAGGGUGAACACACUUCAGUAUCUUGUUUCCUCACAGUGAGGCAAUGAUUUUGGAGCUUGUGAUUCCUAGGAAUGUUAAUAUUUCCAAUAAGGUCUCCCUCUACUGUCCUCUGAAUCUCAAGUAGCCUUUCUUUUGUUUAUUUUUUAUGAAUCCCUAAUUCUUCAAAUGUGCAACUAUUUGUCUCCAGAAUUUUUAGUUAAAUUAGUGUGUGCAUUUUUUAGGUGAUUUAUGUUUUAAAAAUGUUUGUUCUUAAAUGCAGAGAAACAAAUGAAAUGCUAUUGUAUUAAAGCUGUUAAAUAUAUUUACAUAAAUUGUCAGUUUAUUUUAUUUAUUAUGUACAUAAUGAAAUGAAAUAACGAACAGCUGAAAGAUAUGGGCCUGCAUGGUGAAUCCUAUUCUAUAUGUAUAAUUAUUUGUUUUGAAAAAAAUAAACAAAUAAAAGAAAUUGUUUUAUGUAAGAUAAA